CAACAUCGGCGGAGAUCGUCAAAGUAUGACGAUGGCGGAAGCGGCGGCCACAGAUCUGUUCUCAGAGCAGGAGUUAACCUGCUCCAUCUGUCUGGAUAUCUUUGAUGAACCGGUCUCCACUCCCUGUGGACACAACUUCUGCCAGGCAUGUAUCGGAGGUUACUGGGCUUCCAGCGCUGUCUGCACUUGUCCGCUCUGCAAACGACAAUUUGAAGAACGCCCUCAGCUCAGUGUCAACAAAGUCUUCGCUCUCAUCUCACUUAAAUACAAAGAGGCACAAUAUGGCGCUGCAGGGAUACCAAUGCCCGUCAGAAACGGGACACUGGCGCUGACGAGCGCCACAACGACAAACACUACCAGCACCAACCCAUUCGCACAACUGUCCGGGGACGACGUGGUUUGGUGUGACAUCUGUACUGGUCUUAAAAAACCUGCUGUCGGCUCCUGUCUCACCUGCACUGCUUCAUACUGCUCUGAGCAUGUGCUACCACAUCAAAAUACACCCUUCUAUGCCAAACACUCGCUAAUGGACCCUCAGGAGGCCCUCAGGGGCCGCACAUGCUCACUACACCAUCGCUUACUAGAGGUCUACUGUCGGACGUGUCAGAGCUGCAUCUGUGCCAUUUGUGUCCUGGAGGAACAUCGGAUGCACAAAACUGUUUCUGUCCAAACAGAGAGACAAAGCAAACAGAAACAGGUAGCGAGGACGGAGCAGGAGAUUCUGAACAGGAUCAAGGAGAAAGAGAUUCAUGUGACUCAUCUGAAGAAGAAACUGGACGGAGUCAAGAUGUACGCAGACGGAGAGCGAGGUGAAGUGGAACACCUCCUGGAGGAAGUGUCAAGCGCAUUAGACAGGAUCCGGUCUCACGUGGUUGGCGGGAUCGAGAACCAGCUUGACGCUGUGAUGUCAAAGGGUGAGGGGCUUGUGAACCGUCUGGAGGCGGAUCUAGACCAGUUGACGGAGAGGAGAGCGACAUUAGAGGUUCAGGCCAUCAGUCAGGACCACAUUGGCUUUCUGCAGAGUUUUGAGAAAGCUACAGCUCCUCUCUCUGAGGAUGAACAGAGCGAGGUGGACGAGGACGAGUUUUCCCUCCAAUUUCAGCUGGGGGAGGUGAAGAGUGCUCUGUCUGAGGUGAAGGAGAGGAUGGAUGACAUUCGGAUGGGGGAGGUUCGCUCCAGAGGCUCAAGAGGCUCCUUCUCUUCUGGUGACCUGAUGAUGGCAGAGAGCAUGCUCAGUCUGAGGGCAAGCACGGCCAGUUUGAGGAAGAGUCAGUGGACCCUGAAAGAUUUAAAGAAGAGUAAACCAGUCUCAGGGCACAAGAAGGCUCGAGUCUAUAUGGAGGACGUGGUUCUGAACCCGGUGACGGCGUAUCCCUUCCUCAUCCUCUCAGAGGACAGGAAGCAGGUGAAGAGAGGAGAGAAGCUGCAGUUCUACAGAAACAGUCAGCAGCGCUUUGACGUCUGGUCCUGUGUCAUCGCAAAAGAAGGGUUCAGCACGGGAAGACACUACUGGGAGGUGUUUGUUGGGGAGAGUAAGGACUGGAAGCUGGGAGUGGUCUCUGAGUCUGCACAGAGGAAAGGUCUGUUUGACAUGAGUCCAUCUAACGGAUACUACGCCAUCUGGUGGAGCGGCAGCCAGAUGCGAGCGCUCACUACGCCGCCCCUAACCAAGGUGAAGAGUCCUCCAAAGCUUCGUCAGGUUGGCGUGUUCCUCGACUUAGAAGAAGGCCAGGUGUCCUUUUAUAACGUGAAGUCUGGCUCUGAGAUCUACAGCUUCAACGGGUCCUCUGAGUUCACUGAGAGGAUGUUUCCUCUGCUGGGCACUGGGGACAAAGAAGUCCCCCUUAUCCUCAUGACCACUCAGCACCAGCUGGCCUGAGGACCUGAGACCAGAUUACCGGACUAGGACAAUGAUGGGGCACCAAAACUUGAGAUGAGAAGGGGGAGAAAGAAGAAGGAAAUAAGGAGGAGGGAAUGGACAAAGAUUAACAUAAGCAAUGGGACAGUGAGAGUAGUUGGCGGCCAUGUUGGAGGACAUGGAUGAUGAACUGCAUCUCUCCAUGGAUGAAACCAAUUUUGGUUUAUUCGUCUCAAAGAAAUAGAAAUAUACAGACAUGUAAUGCUGCUGCCAUGACAACAAAACAACCAUCUAGUUUUCAUUGUAAAGCCAAAAAUGGAGUUUAAAAGUGUUUUUAUGGAUGUCUUCUUUGGGCUUCCAUACAUCACAUAAAAUAGCAAGAUAUAGGUAUAAAAAGAUACUCCAUGCUAUAAGAAGAUAUUUUCUUGCACUGGGAGGAGUGACAUGAGAUCUUUUCCCUCUGUCUAAAGAUAGUUUUGAAUAUCCUCUAUUAUUCUUUUCAUGGUGUACAGAGACCUUCUUGAGUAAGUAUUGAUAACAUCCUUCCUUCCUGUAUUUGCCAGAUUGAUUUAGCGCCUUAAAAAGAUUUUUUUGUAACACACUGGUUCCCUGCUGGAGUACAGGCAGCCCUGAGGGGGCAGGGGUCCUGUCUGCUCUGGCAUGGUCAAAGUCAGAUGUGCAUGUAUUUUUUUUAUAUCAUGGUUAGAAAAAUGUACGACAGCAUAUCAGGGCCACCCUAAAAGAUGACAAAUAAAGAUGAUCUGCUUAUUUUUUAGGAGAAAAAGACUUGAAAUAAGAAAAUCCUGGAUUUUUUUAGAUUAUAAGGUAGUUGUAAGAAAACAAACUGAGCAUUUCAGGGAUUAAAAAGUCAUGAUUUUAUAAGGGGGAAAAAAGAAAUUUCCAAGUUUAAAAGCUGUAAAUCUUAACAUUAUAAACUCAAAAGUGUCAGGUUUUUAAAGUCACAAAUUUACAAGAAGCCAAUCUGCAAACAGUGGUUGGAUAGCCCCACUUUACAGAAAUGUCUAGGUCCAGAUGGUAAUGAUAAUGUGGUGAUUCUGGGCUGAAAUCACAGCUAUUUUCUUUGUUGAAUAGUUCCAAUAAAAAGUAUAAUUUGAUCAGGCUGAACUGCAAGCCCUGUGCAAGGAAAGCAGCUUCAUCUGGUCAGAUUUUCUUCCAUGUAGUCUAAAGUUUUCAACUUUAUAAUUUUAUAAUUGUUUGGGUCUUGUAAAUUUACAACUUUUUAAACUUGAACAUUUGUAACAGAUCCUCUUUAUUUGUAUUAUUAUUUUUUUAGAGAGGCUCUUAUAUGCAGGCAUAAAAAUAAAAGUGGCUUUUAAGUGCGUCCUGGGGGACCUUAUUCUUCCUGGACAUGAGUAGGGUGGGGCUAAGGAAAGAGUCUGGAAUCACUGCCGUAGCAUGACUUUUUGUCAUGCUUUAAGAAAACAUAUUAAGACCAUUUUCUUUAUUCCACAAAAUCUGUUACAUUUUGACUCAUCUUGUUUAUUCUUGACUAUAAUCAUCAUGAUCAUUCAAGACCCUUUUUGUGUUUUCAGAACUUUCUUGGCUUCCCAUCCGUCCCCAAAGGAUUAUUAAAUUCAGAAAAUUUGAGAGGGUAAAAUAUGGCAUGCUAGUUUUUUUCUGAAGUCAAAAUAAAACCUUCAACCUAGCGACUCAUCAGACAAGAAGCACACUAGUAAUACUGUACUUUGGCACAUACUUAUUAUUUUUAUCUUGAUUAAACUUGGAAGUUUUUUGCAUCAAUUUUCCAAAUAUAUCUCUUUUAGAGUGUAAUCUCUCCCUCUGAGAAUCUUCAUAGAAGAUCUGUUUCCUGUGUUUGUGGCCACUCACGAUGCAGCAUGUUAGCAUCAAGCUCAGUGACAGACAUCAGGAGGGAUCCAGAAAUAUGUAGCUAAAAUAUAUCAAACGCCCCCUUGUGGCUGGCUGCAGUAAAGAGGAUAGGGACUGAUCUCACUGUUGAAGUUCUAUUAAUUUUGGAAGGCAUUACCGUUCUUAGAAGAAUAGAUUAAUUAGACAAAAAUAUUGAUUUUAUUUUAGUUUAUUUCUAUGUCUGGCCCCCACAGCAUCGGUCAAGAAGGAGUUGAUGACCCUGUACUAAAGCAUGAUCCUUUCUUACUCUAGCAAGAUACAUAUUUUUUAUGCUCUUGCAGGACACGUUUCAUGACAUUCUUGCAACAUCCUUUCUCUGUUCAUUUAACAUAUUUUUCAAAGCUAAAACAAUAUCCUUAAUGUUUUCAUCAGACAUUUUUUUAAGCUUCUGCUCAUGCUUUACCAAGAUGUUUUUUCAAGACCUGUCAUAUUUGAACACCCGCUUUGAAGGCUUGUUCUAGAAAGAUAUUUCCAUUAUAACGUCUUUCCACUGUUAUUUUAACACAGCAGAAAAUUUGCUUUAGCGGGAUUUUAAAGCUCUAGCUAGCUCCUUUUGUUAAAAAAAAAACACUUUUCCUCUGGAAAGACUUCAUAUGUAAAGAUGUUUGUCACUUAAUAUCAUCAAAGGUGUUUUUCAUAUCUGUUAUCAGUAUUUUAGAAAGAUGAAUCAUGGUAAUGCUGUUGACUUUAUUUUCUGCUAAAGUAGCAGCAAGUAUUUAGAACUAGUGAAAAUUCUCCUGUAGUAAUGUAAAAACAAUUUUGUAUACGGGUCUUACCCCCUUUGUGGAAAUACAUUUUGUUGUCGUGGUAGAAGCAAUGUUUUUGAAACAAGAUAUCUGGAUGUUUUUUAACAUUUUUGCAGACGUGAUGUGUGCAGACUUGGAUUUUGACUUAUGGGAGACAGGAUAAGGGUGUAAUGUAUGCUGAUAUUUUUCUAAUAUAUUCACUUUGAAUUGUAUGCUGACAAAAAUACAUUGAAUGUUGUGAUAUAAAUGCAAAUAAA